AUGAGGGAUAAAGAAGAUUACAGAAAAGACACCAUUUUAAAAGGACUGUCAAUUGAUGGAUUCUUCAUUUCCUACUCAAAUGAAGCUUUAACAAAAUCUGGAUGCAUUAAGAUACGAGUAGCCUUUUUUUCCUCAUGUGACAGCUGUGAUGGAUCUCUGGCAUCUCUUCUUCCUGCAACCUCAUUUCAGAGCUCUUCACAUUUCUCAGACAGUCGGGCUGCGUUCUUCGCUAAACUAAACAGAAGAGAUGGAGGAGGAGGGUGGAGCCCGGAGUCGACGGACAGGUCGCCAUGGCUGCAGGUUGACCUACAGGACCGAAUGGAGGUGACGGCCGUGGCCACACAAGGUCGUCACGGCAGCAUGGAUUGGGUCAGCGCCUAUAUGCUUCUCUACAGUGACACCGGGAGGGUCUGGAAACAAUACAUGUUGGAGGACAGUGUCGGGAGGAUCGUGGGUAAUGUGAAUCCAGACAGUGUGGUCCAUCAUAAAAUCAGCCAGCCUAUCAGAACCCGGUUCCUUCGCUUCGUUCCUCUGGAGUGGAGCCCCAGCGGUCGGGUGGGCCUCAGAGUGGCUGUGUAUGGCUGUACCUACCGAUCAUAUGUGGCAGACUUUGAUGGCAGAAGCUCUUUGCUCUACCGAUUCAACCAGAAGUCAAUGAGCACGGUGAAAGAUGUUAUAUCUCUGCGAUUUAAGAGUCGACAGGCGGAGGGUGUUUUACUGCACGGAGAAGGCCAGCGAGGGGAUUAUAUCACUCUGGAGCUACAUCGUGGCAGGUUGGCCUUGCAUCUAAACCUAGAUGACAGCAGGGUGAGGUCCAGUAGUGCUCGAAUGGUGGUCACUCUCGGAAGUUUGCUGGAUGAUCUCCACUGGCACUCUGUUCUGAUCGAACGCUUUAACAAGCAGGUUAACUUCACUUUGGACAGACAUACUCAGCACUUCAGAACCAGGGGUGAUGGAGAUUCUUUAGAGGUUGACUAUGAGCUAAGCUUUGGAGGGAUCCCUCUGCCUGGUAAACCUGGCACCUUUAUUCGACGUAACUUUCAUGGCUGCAUGGAGAACCUCUACUACAAUGGAGUCAAUAUCAUCGACCUGGCAAAGCGGCGAAAGCCUCAGAUAUACAGUGUGGGCAACGUGACCUUUUCCUGCUCUGAGCCGCAGCUGGUGGCAGCCACAUUUCAGUGCUCCAGCAGCAGCUUUCUGUCGCUGCCAGCACCUGCACCGGUCCUGGAAGGCCCUUCAGUACGCUUGCAGUUUCGUACGUGGAACCCUGACGGCCUGCUUCUAUCCAACCCACUGAUCUCCGGUCAGGAGCCUUCGUACUUGAUUCUUCAGAUCAGCAGCGGGCGCCUCCGCCUCACACAUCAGACGGCAUCUGUGAAGAUGUCAGAAGUGUCGGCGGGCCAGAGGGUGAAUGAUGGCUUGUGGCAUUCAGUGAGUCUCAGCUCUAGAGGUCUACAGAUCAUCAUGACUCUGGACAAUGAGCCUGCAUCCACCAUUCAGCUGAAGAAUUACCUGGAGCCAAACGGAAAACAGUAUUUUGGAGGAUGUCCUGCAUCCCACAAUGAUUCAAGCUGCUUGAAUCCCACAAUAGCCUUUCAGGGUUGCGUUAGGCUCAUCUUUGUUAACAACCAACCAGUUGAUCUCAUGUCAGUUCACCAAGGCCACCUCGGGAGCUACAGUCACCUGCAGUUCGACUUAUGCGGCAUUCGUGACAGGUGUCUCUAUAAUUUUUGUGAGCACGGUGGCCGAUGUUCUCAGACGUGGUCAUCGUUCUACUGCGAUUGCACUGGUACAGGAUACACUGGAGCUACAUGCCAUAACUCUGUGUAUGAAGCUUCGUGUGAACACUACAGACUCGCAGGCAGUUCUUCUGGAUAUUUCUCUGUAGAUCCUGAUGGAAGUGGUCCUCAUCCCAUUAAAGUCUACUGUAAUAUCACAGAGAACAAAGUGUGGACAGUGGUCCGUCACAACAGCUCAGACGCAGUCAGAGUACGAGGUUCGACACUGCAGAAGCCGCACGUCGCGUGGUUCAAUUACAGCGCCUCAUCCGAUCAGCUGAAGGCAUUAGUGUCCCUGUCGGAACAUUGUGAGCAGAAAAUUGCCUAUCACUGCCGGAGAUCACGACUUUUUAACCCCUGGGAUGGCAGCCCUUUGUCAUGGUGGGUGGACCGCAAAGGAGAAAAGAGAACCUACUGGGGUGGAUUCCAGCCGGGGGUGCAGCAGUGCUCUUGCGGUCUGGAGGAAAACUGUGCUGACAUGAACUACUUUUGCAACUGUGAUGCGGAUCGAAUGUCAUGGGAGAACGACACUGGCGUUUUCUCAUAUAAAGAACACUUGCCGGUUCAGGAGAUAGUGAUUGGUGACACGUACAGACUGGGCUCCGAAGCUGUGUACGCCGUUGGACCCCUGCAGUGCUCCGGUGACAAGUCCUUGUGGAACGCUGCAUCAUUUUAUCAAGAGGCUUCAUGUCUGCAUUUCCACGGCCUCCAGGCAGAACUCUCUCUCGACGUUUCCUUCUACUUCAAAACAGCAUCACUCUCUGGCAUUUUCCUGGAGAACAUGGGCGUUCAGGACUUUAUUCGAGUUGAGCUGAGCUCUCCCUCAGCCGUGACCGUCUCCUUUGACGUGGGCGACGGGCCAGUGGUCCUGACUGUAAAAUCUCCCGUGCCGCUGAACGACAGACAGUGGCACUGGGUCCGAGCCGAACGCAACGUGAGGGAGGCGUCCUUGCAGGUUGACCAGCUGCCCCUCCGGAUCGCAGAAACCCCUCCCGAUGGACACCUACGCCUUCAACUCGGCAGCCAGAUGUUUGUUGGAUGCACAGCCACAAAACAAAGAGGUUUUCUUGGGUGCAUUCGAGCAUUUAAUAUGAACGGAGUCAUGUUUGACCUGGAGGAACGGGCCAAAGUGACUCCGGGAGUGAGUUCGGGGUGUGCGGGGCACUGUAGUAGCUCAGCUGGACUUUGCCUCAAUCGGGGGAAGUGCAUUGAGAAGAGCAGCGGUUACGUGUGCGACUGCACAAACUCUGCCUAUGGAGGACCCUCAUGCACAGAAGAGGUGUCCAUGUCCUUUGAAAAAGGUGCUUCGGUCACCUACACCUUUCAGGAGGCGUUCUCUGUCAUGCAGAACAGGACGCCUGCCGUGUUGUCUGGCUCCUCUCAGUACAGCGUGUCCAGAGACACCGUGGCACUCCGUUUCCAAACAACUCAGAGUCCUGCCAUGUUGCUGACGGUCAACACGCUCAGCCAGCAAUAUGUGGCAGUCAUCUUAGCAAGGAAUGGGAGUUUACAGAUUUGGUAUCGACUGCAUAAAGAGUUGAGCCCAGAUGUCUUCAGCCCCAUUCGGAGCAGCUUGGCAGAUGGACGACUACACAGAGUUCAUAUCCAGCGGGAGGGAAAGGAUGUGUUUGUUCAGGUUGACCGUGAAAAUAAGAAGUAUGUCCUUUCAUUUGAGGCAGCCUUUAACUCUAUGAAGUCACUGACCCUGGGAAAAGUGACAGGAAGUGAUGUCAUGGAUGAUGAGGUAGCUCAUGCUGGAAGUAAAGGUUUCAUUGGCUGCUUCUCAUCUGUCCAGUACAACCAAGUUGCUCCACUUAAGGCAGCGUUAUUGAACCGAGGUAGCUCAUUGGUUAGCAUACGAGGACGUCUGCACGAGUCGAAUUGUGGAGCAUUAGCUGACCUUUCCACUUCUGUGUCUCGCUUAGAUCAUGGCAAAGAGGUGGGCAAAGACAAUGAACGUCACGGAGACGACGGCCAGCCUGAUUCAGCUAUAAUUGGAGGUGUGGUUACAGCUGCAGUCUUCAGUACCUUCUGUGUACUGGCAGUGAUGACGCGUUUCCUUUACCAGCACCGACAAGCCCAAAGAGCUUCACAGCUCCAAGAGAAGGAGAACCAACGUAGCCUUGAAGCCGCUUAUAGGGCAGAGUUUCACCUCCACAACCCUAUAAGAGACAGCAUGCAGGAAUAUUACAUCUGAGAGACACUGGCAGUAAUAGUCCUUGUAGUUUUCAGUUCAAAAUUCAGUUCCUCCUGUAUCUCCUUCAGCAAAUUUGUUCUAAGGCCCUUUUAUAUCCAGAAUGGUUCAUACUGUAAGCUGGAGGUUUCCUCGCUUUGGGAUCAUCGGAAUCCUCUGAUCAAUGUAAGUAGUACUGUAGUCUGUAGUUUUCACAGUGCUUACCCACAAGUGUUGGAAUAACUAACGUUAGGUCAUUUCUGGGAUGUGAGUGGUGUGUUAGAAGGUGUUUUUAUCAAAAUGAAUAUGUCCUCUGGGUAGAUGCUGGAAAGAAGGGAACAGGCUCAAUGGGCUUCAGUGCAUGUUAAUUCAUGUUAACUCCUGGAUUGAGAUCUGUUGUCCUGCAACAACAUGUAUUUCAAGCAUGUGAACUUUUCUUGUUUGCUAGAAACACAUAAGGUUGCAAAAUUGUUGCAGGCAGAUUUCCAAACCCAUUUGAACACUCGAUCUUAAUACUGAACAUGACUGAGAUUUGAAUUCUAAGAGUUACACAAUACAAAUAAUUCUUUAAUUUUUAAUGAGAAGCUGCUAACAGAAGCUUAAUUAAUUCCAAAUGUGCAGAAAUAUUGUUGUUGAACAUGAUGUAACAAUACCCAUGUGUUUUAAAAUGUGAAAUAUCUGCCAUAGUGAACAAAUCUUGAAUUGUUCUUUGAAUCUUAAAACAAAUAUUUAGUGUUUUGUCCCACACAAAGAUUAUUUAUUAAUAAAUGUAACCAUUUACGUCUCAGCAUGCAAGCUGUAAACGUAAAUCAUAAAAAGUCCAACGCAUACUCUGGUAUAAAAAGUUAAAUUAUUCUAGUUAACUGAAUGUGUUUCUCUAGUACUUGCUCUGAUUUUCUGGUAUAUAGAGUGAAUUACAGUCAGAUUAGAAUCAUGACAAAACUGACAGGGAUGCAACUCGUCCAUCAGUAAUCCACUGCACACAACAAAUUAGGAAAUUUGCACUUGAAACAUCAUGUAAAGAGAUUAAAUAUAAUAAUUCAAACCUUCGUCCCCUUGGAAUUAUAAGGUUCUAAAUGUCAAAACGAAGUUAUUUACAUAUUCGUGUUCUGUGACAAUUUACCCCUCGUUCACAUUACAAGCGACAUGAUUCCAUUCAUUUCAAUGGAGAGCUGGCGACUUCUGGCGACACGAGCAGUAGCAUCCCUUUGUGAACGGAUGGGGCAUGUCUAGUGAUGUGAGAAAGUUUUGAAAUCUUCAACUUCAUACAAAUGAAGAACGACUUUCAGGAGCAACAGCCAAUAGGUAGAUGGUAGAGCUAACGUGAUCAUUGGAUGUUGUCACUCAGACAACCACUAUAGAAAACGCCCACUAGUGACCUAACCGCCAACCCUUGGCGAAUUGCAACAACAAAGUCGCUUAUAAUCUGAACGUAGCAUUAUUCACAUUGUGAUGUUUUAUUCUGUACGUUUCUUUGAAGAUCUUGUCUUAAAACUACUCAGAACGCAAAUAGAACUCCAAGGCGACACCUUGUUAUAAAAUGACCAAAAAACGUCAUAAAAUGUAAUUAAAGGUUGUCACAGAAAAUUUUUUAGACAUUAUCACAGAUCUGUCCCGCCUGACCAUCCGUGACACAAAAUAAUUUCUAAACAAAUCUAUCACCGAAUCUCCAUCAUCCCGUUUCAACAUCUUAGAAGAUAAACACAAUACCUUUAACAGAGAAGCAUGUACAGUUGACAAGAAUAACUUUAUUUGACCAUUUGUAAUGACCUGGAUAACUGAAAAUCUGCACAGACAGUUCUGAAGUAUAUUAUAACUGUAGCAGUUAGUACUCAAGUUUUUGCCAAUACGAAAUCAGUAUUCAUUCUGAUGCUCACUUUGUUUUUUUGUGGUGGUUAAAACUAAACCCCAUCCAUGAAAGUCUAAUCAAAAUUAACACAACCAUGCAAAUACGCUAAGGUAAAGUUUUAGGGGUAUUUUUUGUUUUAAAUAAUACUUCACUCUUUCUCCCAACUGACACAAAAGUAGUUGUCUCUUCUAGGACUGGACUGACAGAUCUUUCUCUUUCUCUUUUGAAACUGAAGUGUCCUUUGUAAUAUUUAUCUCUUAAACUAUUUUGUACCUCUAUUGAUAUGAAUUAUUUUAGGGGCUGUUUUGUAUGAAUGUAAAUGUACAGAUAUAUUGUAAAUACAUGUUUAAUAAAAAAGACACUUUUUUUA